AUGCAAAAUCGGUUAAGAAUCAACUUAAAACUAAAAUUAUAUCAGUUCAUACUGAUAUUUAUUGUUGCAAUUAUUUUUCAAAAUCAUUCAACAAAUUCAACUAUCAUUAAAUUUACAAACUCUUCGCAAAAUCCUUUUGCAAUAAAAAACAUUAAUAAUAAUUUUAUUUUGAAAAAUUAUGAUCGUACUUCAACAUUUUCAGGAAAGUUAAAAGAGAUUGAAAAUAAUUUAAUACAUAGUAAUAGACGACAGCGUUUUAAUCGCGACACAUAUAAUCAUCAGACAUUAGCAACGACAACAACAAAAGGAAAGAAAAAUGUCAAGUUGAUUCAAUUAAAUGAAAUAAUAAAAAAUGCAAUUAAUUUUAAUGCCAAUCCUUGUGAUAAUUUCUAUGAGUAUGCUUGUGGAAAUACCAUAAAUUCGAUUAUGGUUCGUGAUAUUACAACAUCAACAACAACAGGCACUAUUUUUAAUAGAGCUGAUAUAAAAAGAACUAUUGAAAAUUAUUUAUAUGUUGACGAUGAAAAUAAUUUAUCAGAUGUUGAAAUAAAAGCAAAAGAAUUUUACAAAUCAUGCAAAGAAUCACGAAAUGUUGGUCUUUUAAAAAAUACAGAAUUGUAUAGAAAUACUGGGGGUUGGCCUAUUUUAGAAAACAAUUGGAAUGAAACAUCAAUAUUUAAUACAUUAUUAGAAUUUAGUAAAAUUGGACAAAAUCAUUUUUUUCAACAUAAAAUUUCAUUACAAAAUAAUAAAAGGGUUAUUGAAAUUUUUACAACAUUAUCUGGACGGUUGGACCCAAAUGAAUUCAAUCGAACUACAUAUGAAUUAUUACAGGAUAUUGGAAUAAAUAAACGUAUGAAAGAAAUAUUAAUAGAAGAACUUUUAGAAUUUGAGCAGGAACGUGAUAAUAUUGCUGAAUAUAAGAGAAGACGGAGUAAUAUUCGUUUAAAUAUAAUCGAAUAUUCAAUUGAUGAUUUUCAAGUAAAAUUUCCACAAUUUAAUUGGAGUGAAUUUUUUAAAAAUAUUAUCGGAAAAUCAAUACGUUCUAACGAUAUUUUAAUAGUGUAUGAUGAAAUCGUAUUCAUGAAAAUUUUAGAUUUUAUUAAAAAUUCUAAUCCAGUUAAGGUGUCAAAUUAUUUUUGGUCAAAUUAUUUAAAAAGUACAACAACUCGCGAUUGUGUUGAUUUACUUAAGAAAUAUUUUAAUCCCGUUUAUAUGACAAUAUUAGAACGUCCUUCAUACAAUAAAUUUGACAUCAUACAAUUAUUUAGUGAAAUUCGUAAAUCAUUUGAUUCAAUUAGACAUGAGUUUCCACAAAAAUGUCAUAUUGAGUCGGCUGCUGAUUCACAAAAUUCAAAUGUUUAUUUAAAUCGUCAAUUGAAUUUCUUAUUACAUGGUGACGUCAAGUUAAAUACACAAUAUGAGUCAUUACAAGUAAACCAAAAAAAUUUUUAUGAAAAUUUAGAAAGAUGCAAUACCUUUCUAACAACAACACAGAGUCGUUACAAAAGUAAAAUUAUUGAUUUUUAUAAUUUAUUUAAAAAUAAUUUAAAUUUAGUUAUACGUAAUCGUGAUGCAAUAAUGUCAACGAAUUUUGGUAGUAUUGGCAUAAAUUUAGCAUCCGAAAUGAUUAAAGGUGAAAACAAAACAUUAUCAGCAUUAUUAUCCUGCUAUAAUCCGAAUGCAUUUAGUAUAACACCUACAGAUACACAAGAUGAUAAUGUUGCUAAUAGGAAAAAUAAUAAGAAAUCAAUGCUAUAUCGUAAUUUCUAUACUAAUUUUCCAACAUGCUCUGAUUUAGAUAAUUUAUUAAAAGGAGAAAUCCGAGGUGAAGGUUUGAGUGAGUCAAAACCAAUAUCUGAAUCAGAUGAAAAUAUUAUAAAACAAGAUUUUCUAAUUAAUUAUUUUGCUGAGAAGCAAUCAUUUUUAGGAUUAAAAUCGUGGAUUCAAUUUGUAAAUAAAAAUAAUGGACAAGAUAGUAUUAGAAAAUUAGAAUAUGAAGUCUUGGAUGAAUUUAAAAAUUUAACAAACGAAAAAUUAUUUUUUAUCAAUGCCGCUAAACGUAAAUGUAAUCAAGUAUAUGAGAAUACUGGUUUAUACAGGAUGAUUACAGGAUCAAAUGAUAGAACGCAAACUGGAGAUAGGCGACAAAGGCAACAAAUGGAAAUUGAAAAUAUUACAAAAAAUUUCAUAAAUAAAUAUUUUCGUAGAUUUUUCAAAGAAUUUGAUGUAAUAUUUCAAUGUCCUUCACGAGAUACAUUAUCUUGUUAGAUAUUAUUAUAAUAUGUAAACAUAAGUAUAAGAUUUUCUUGUUAUAAAUGUAACAAUUUAUAACUACAUAUCAGUGGAUAAUUAUGUAAAUUAAUUUCGAGAGUUUUUCAUUUUAUCGAACCAGACAUUUCUUAUUUGAUUAUUAUUUACAAUAUGUUAAAGAGCUAAGAUUUUUUGUUGUAAUGUAAAAUAAAUAUAAUUUAAGCGAUCUUUGAAUAAUUUCCAAUAAUUAUUAUUGAU